UUAUUUUAAUCGAAGAUGUCGAUAGGAGUGCCAAUUAAGAUUCUGCACGAAGCAGAAGGACAUGUUGUCACGCUCGAAACGAUGACUGGUGAAGUAUACAGAGGAAAGCUCGUCGAGGCUGAAGACAACAUGAAUUGCCAGAUGUCAAACAUCACGGUAACCGCAAGGGAUGGGCGAGUUUCACAGCUAGAACAGGUCUUUAUUCGUGGAAGCAAGAUUCGGUUUCUGAUUCUCCCAGAUAUGUUGAAAAAUGCUCCAAUGUUCAAGAAAAUGACACAGAAAGGCUCGGGAGGCAGCGGAGCGGCGGGAAGAGGAAAAUCAGCUAUAUUGAGGGCACAAGGUACAGUAUUACUGUUUAUUUAUUAUAUUAUAUCGAUAAAGUAACAGCCUUUUCUAUCAAUUUUCUCCCUAUAGAAGGCUAGAACUGUAUAGCCUGGGCCAUGCACAAAGGUGUCUGCCAAUGUCUAUUGCACCUUUGCGCAUGCACCCUAGUUCUGGAGCUAAAUAUUUAAAGUAGGUUUCUGGUUUUCUGUGCGUAAAUUAAUUGGAGUUGUAACAUUGCCACAUUUAGGAUUGACUUGGUGUUAACCUUUUGAAGGGAUGGAAACACUAUUUUGGUCAAAUUUAGGUCAUGUUACCCCUGUGCAAUGUUUCUCCAAAUCAAAUCACCCUGUUACUUUGCCACUAAAUAUAGUCAUGUUGCCCCUAACAGAAAUAAGACUUGUUUAUAUCUUAUUAACACAGGAUUGAUUUCCAUACACAAAUAGUGCAGACUUCUUUUUGUUUCAGGAUUCUUCACUUUGUGGUUGCCAAGAGAAAUUUCUAAAUGUUAUGGAUUACUCCUAUUUCUAAGUGCAUGUGUUGUUUUCUUUUUUCUACAGCUGCAGCAAGAGGAAGAGGAGCACCCACUCGAGGCGGCAGAGGAGGCAAUGUUUUCCAGAGAAGAAGAUAGCUUACUUCUCAGAUUUUUUGUGAACCAUUACAGAAAAGAAACAGCUGAUUCUCUCUAGUGUGUAAAUAGAACUUUUGUAAACAACUGGCAUUAAGACAUCUGUAAAGUAAAGUCCAAAAUGAGCAAUGGAAACACCUUUCCACCAAGACAGUGUUUGUACAGGACAUCAGAACAUUUCCACUAGAAUAACGAACUGUAUAUUUUGGUUUUCUUAAUGAACAUUUUCUUAUAUCUUGGUCCCUUUUUGAUCAGAUAAUUAUUUCAUCUUUAUUAAAAUGGAUUUGUAAGGCCUGCUUUUUAAAAUCUCAGUCCAGAACAUUAUCUCCUUUCUGUAAUUCUAGAUUAUUGUUUUAUUCAUGGUAGUAUAUAAGGGCAUUGACUUUGAUUGAUCAAAUACAAGCCCAAAAUAAAAAAGACCAAACAUUUCAACAACCUGUCCUUCCUUCCAAACUUAAAAGCUUAACUGAUAUACAUGUAUGUGUGUGU